AUGCAUCCAUCAAUAAGCUUAUUCCCGAAUACAGAGUUCUAUGGCAGACAAAUUUUUGAUGCACCAAAUGUUAAAGAAACAGGCUAUAGGAGACGGUUCCUCAAAGGAAACAUGUUUGGAUCCUGCUCUUUCAUAAAUAUAGCCUACGGAAAAGAGGAAUUUGGUGAGCUACAGAGUUUCAACAGUACAGUUGAGGCUGCUGUUGUUGCUGAUAUUGUUGGGAGCCUUUUCAAAGAAAUCAAUGGCACUAGGACGAAGACUAGCAUAGGUGGCGAGGAGGAUUUGAUAAUUAUCUCUACUGUUCGAAGUGACGAAAGAGGAUUGGUGGGCUUUUUUUCGAAUCUUCAACGAGCAAAUGUGGCGCUGACUCGUGCAAGGUAUUGCCUUUGGAUAUUUGGAAAUGAAGCAACUUUAGUUAAGAGCGGCUCUAUUUGGAAGAAGAUUGUCAAUGAUGCCAAGGAACGGAAAUGCUUCUAUAAUGCUGAAGAGGAUGAGAGUUUGGCUCAGACUAUUACUGAUAGCUUGAUCGAGCUUGAUCAACUUGAUGUUUUAUUGAAAACUGACUCUUCAUUGUUCAGGAAUGCAAGAUGGAUGGCUUGUUUCAGUGAUGAUUUUCGGAGAUCGGUGGAAAGAGUUAGGAAUGUCAGAAUCCGUAAGGAAGUGCUUUCCCUAUUAGCGAAGCUUUCAAAUGGUUGGCGUCAGUCUCGCAAUAAGAGAAGCCUAAUUGUUCACAACUGGAUUUCUUCCCCACUGUCAGAGCAGUAUAAAGUUAGUGGACAGCUAAAUAUGGUCUGGACUGUGGACAAUCUGCAGGAAAAUUCAUUCUACAUUCAAGUUUUGAAGGUUUGGGAUAUUUUACCAUCAUCUGGUAUACCAAAACUAGCAAUGAGUCUCGACACCUUUUUCAGAAUUAUACAGAGGAGCAGAUGA